UGGAGCAGCGGCAUCACGCUGACCCCCGCCGGGGAUGUAAGCCGCGGCCGCUGCGGGCACCGCAGGCUGUCGGCUCCGGGACCCACGGCGGCGGCUGGCGGCGAGCGCGGGCCGCGAGCCGGGCGGGCCCAGCGGCGGGAAGCGGAGGCCCGGGCGCGGGCGGAGGCGGCGCGAGCAUGGCCGGGGACAGCGAGCAGACCCUGCAGGAGCACCAGCAGCCCACCGGCGGCGAGCCCUUCCUCAUCGGCGUCAGCGGCGGCACCGCCAGCGGCAAGUCAUCUGUUUGUGCUAAGAUCGUGCAGCUCCUGGGACAGAAUGAGGUGGACUGUCGUCAGAAGCAGGUGGUCAUCUUGAGCCAGGACAGCUUCUACCGGGUCCUCACUCCAGAGCAGAAGGCCAAAGCCCUGAAGGGCCAGUUCAACUUUGAUCACCCGGAUGCCUUUGACAAUGAACUCAUCUUCAAGACACUCAAAGAAAUCACGGAAGGGAAAACAGUCCAGAUUCCCGUGUAUGACUUUGUCUCCCAUUCCCGGAAGGAGGAGACUGUCACCGUCUACCCCGCGGACGUGGUGCUCUUCGAGGGGAUCCUGGCCUUCUACUCCCAGAAGGUGCGAGACCUGUUCCGGAUGAAGCUUUUUGUGGACACGGAUGCGGACACCCGGCUCUCCCGCAGAGUAUUAAGGGACAUCAGCGAGAGAGGGAGGGACCUCGAACAGAUUUUAUCUCAGUACAUAACGUUCGUCAAACCCGCCUUUGAGGAAUUCUGCUUGCCAACAAAGAAAUACGCUGAUGUGAUCAUUCCAAGAGGUGCAGAUAAUCUAGUGGCCAUCAACCUCAUUGUGCAGCACAUCCAGGACAUCCUGAACGGAGGGCUCUCCAAGCGGCAGACCAACGGCUAUCUCAACGGCUACACGCCGUCCCGCCAGAGGCGGCCCUCGGAGUCUAGCAGCAGGCCCCACUGACGCCUGUCUCCCUCAGACCCCGGCCCCCGCGGCGGACAGGAGGAGGGGUCAGGAGGCGGUGUCCAUCGCGUCUGUACAUGUGGUUUCCUAUGACGUCGCUAUAUUUAAGAAAACACCGUGGAGAUGAUACUCCUGUUUUUUUUUUUGUUUGUUUUUUUGUCCUUUGGGUCGAAAUGAAAGAGAACUUGACCCUAAGCUUAAAUGACACACUGUGCCAACUACUACCACUGGUGAUGCCUGAUUACAAAUCCAACGUGUAACCAGUUAUAAAUACAUACAUACACACAUACAUAUAUAUAUAUACAUACAUAUAUAUAUAUAUAUAUAUAUAUAAAAGGAUCUA